AUGAACGUUCAUGCCGGAUUUUAUAGCCAUGGGAAUGGCCUUAAAGCAGCGCCAAAAGGAUUAAACACAGGCAGACAUCGUUCUACUCAAAUGAUGUCCGCCUCCCCAACUGAGGUCUUCUCGCCUGAUACAUAUUGCUCCAAACUUUGUGAGAAAAAACGAUCAAACUGCGUGGAGGCAGCAACAGCAAACCACGUCCAAUUUAAAAAUGGCCAUAAAGUACAAACCCCAAAUGUACUAAAUGGAAGAAGCUUUCCGCAGCAAAAGACACGUCAAAAAAUUGAUGAUGAAAGAUACACCCACAUGAUAAACAAUGGAAAUGUAAAAAACGAAAUGGAACAGUUUUGUAAUUUUUUUCAGUAUGAUAAUAACAACUCUUUUUUGUGUAAUGACUAUUGUGAAUAUAUGAACAGCUUUUUUGCGAGUGAAGCUCAAAUGUAUUUUGGUGCAAAAUACCACUUUGACUCAUUCGAUAAGUUUUCAAAUUUGCCUGUACUUACCCAAAUUUGCAAAUUAUCCAAUUUUAAAAAAAUUAAAAGGGAAUAUUUUGCCAACGGAGAGAAAAACCGAUAUGGCAAAAAUGCUCUUUUUAAAAAAAUUAUCAAAAAUCAUCUGAACUCCGUUGAGAAGUACACACGUACGUUGGCAACUCCCCCCAAAGCGGAGUUCGCUCAGUUUCGGAAAAGAGGUAGAAGAGGCAGAAGAGGCAGAAGAGGCGAAAAUGGCUUUCCCUUUAAGUCUAAAAGUAUCCUCCGCAAAUAUUUCAACAUAGGGGGGGGGAAUUCCAGGGCAGGAAAAAAUUCCCAAAAAAGGGGAAAUGUUCUUAAACCCAACCAUAGUGAUGGGCAGAAGCAAUCGAUUAGAAGGAUCCCCAAAGAGAAGAAGAUUCUGCUAAGGAAUCCCCAAAUGUCACGUGACGAAAAGGGGAAAUUCUUAAAAAGGAUACAUCUACAUUUCAGCAGUUGUGGGAGCAGCGGCAUAGACAUUCUACUCUCCCCCGAUGGUACAAAAGGCGUUAGCGAACUUUUCCUUUUGCGAAAAAGACAGACUGACCAGUUGGAAGAAAACCGAGAUGACAAAUCAACCAAGUCGGAAGGGGUUCACAGGCACUCGCAGUUUGUUCCACCCAACCAAUGGGUUCAAAUUGUGUCCUAUGGCGAUAUGGAGCUUUACAAACUGAUGAGAAAAAGGCUCAGAGACAAGUGCAAAAAUGAAGCGCGCUUCUCAACAACCAGCCGUUGGAGAAGUACCUUUUGUGCAAAAAAAAAAGCGAUGAAGGUGCUCUACCGAAGUGGAAGCUUCACAGGGGGAAAAACGGAUGAUAAACGUGAAGAAGACCAAACUGAAGGCCAAGAGUACACACGUCUUUCCCCUAAACAUGUACAGACACACCGCGAAAGAAAUAACGCCGCAAAGAAUGGCAAUGGCCAACUCGUUGUCAAUUUGGGUAGGGUCAAAUACAAGUGCCUCAACGAAUACCACUCUCUUUUGAAUUACCAAAAUGGGUUCACGCACAACCGCGGAGAGAACAACGAGACAGAGAUGGAGAAACCUCAUCGGGCUGGCUCAGCAGGGGGGACUACGAAAUGGUGUUCCUGCAGCGAGAGUGAUGCGAGUUUUAGCAAUUUGCAAAAAAGCUGUGGAAUGUAUUUUUCCGAAGAGGGAACUCCAAAUGGCAUGAACGCAUCCCAUAUGGGUCAUCCUAAUGGCAUUGAUCCCCUUUAUGUAGGAGUAACAGACGGGAAGGAGGGUGGAAAGGAGCAUCGAAAUGAGCACUGGAAGGAGCAUCGCAAUGAGCACUGGACCGAACAUACGAACAAGUUUUACAUAACCAGCGGCACCACGUGCACGAGCGCAUCCAAGUCCGAGGCUAACCCCAUUGAUGACCUUUGCAGUGACGAGCGUAAAGCCGGUUCCGUCUCGUCGGAGCAGUUCAAAAAAACACACCAGGAAGGAGACAGGGGGAAUAGCAGUAUGGAGGACAGAAGUACGCAAAAUAGCAGUACGCAGAAUAGCAGCAUGGAGAAGAGAUAUAGUGACCACGCGAAGGACAUCCAGGAGGGGGGGACCCACUUCUCCGUGAAGAACGUAGCACGACCGCUACCCCUGGGCGAACCCGAACAAGGGGGUAUGUGUAGCCAAUCCAAGUGGAGCGAAAAGGCCCCACAGCUGCAUUUGAGGCAUGCACAGGUAGAGGAAGACAAAUUGAGUAUUUACCAUAACGAACGGUUGUGUGCUGUGGGGCGGGAUUACCAACGCGGAUGGGGUAGCAACUUAGGUGAUAGGAGGGGGGGCUCCCCCCAUGGCAGAGUGUUAUCGCCCCGUGGUGCGCGCGUACACCAUCCGGAAAGAGGUUACCUAAGUAUAGCUCAUUCGCAGUGUAAUAGCUACCCGCGUGGACCGCCGCUCGAAAAGUCGCUAAAAGGAGAAGAUAACAAAAUGGAGAAUACCCCCCGUGAGGGAAGCGGCACACUGGGGGGCAAAGCAUCGAGUGACCCCUUCGAUCAGGCAACACGUUCAUGCGAAAGGGGAGUCAUAGGUGGAGGAACGAAUCCCAUCCUUUUGGAGACCCCCCAAUUGGAGAACAAACAAAAGUUUGCGCUUAAACCGAAAGUCUACUGGAGCAAAAGGAGACCCUUUUGGGAGGAGAAACCCCCCAAGAGAGGCAUAGCCAAAAAUAGGCAAGAAGGAAUGCGUAGCGGAACAAACACAGAUGAACGUCACUGUGGAGAGGGCUCCCUAAAGAAUGUGGAAGAAGAUCACGUCCAUUCAGAGAAAAACAUUAUAACCUUAAACGAGGGGAUCCACAUCGGUUUUGUAUUUACAGAGGGUGAGAAACAACCCCUUAGGAACUUCUCCCUUACUAGUGACUCGACAUGCACAUUGAGGAGUACCCCUCUUCACAAACGGACGCUCACAAAUGAGCUGCCAUCCCCCCGGGAAAGAAGAAUCAUACGUAGCAGUGGAAAUGCUCAGAAGAGAAGUUACACAACCUCUUGCAUAAACGAAACACCCAUAUUCAGAUGUAGAAAAAAUUUAUCCGCCAACAUCGUGUCCUUAGUUGAUGCAAAUAAAUAUGACAGCAUGAGGAGCAGAAGUGGACAUUCCUGUGCGGCUUCCAGUAGGGAGUCCUCCUCCAGGUUGUCUUCUAGCCGUGCGCGUGUUGGCCGGCCAAGACGAGGGGAACGAGGCAGAAGGGGGAUGAAAACGAGCCACUCCAGUGAUGGGAACUCUCUCAAGGGCGACCUUCCACCCCCCACCCUCGUGGAAAACGACCCCCCAAUGGUAAACAUAUCAAGCAUAUCAAACGAAAUGAGCAGUAACAGAUUUGAGAGCAAGACGCAGCUGAAGAGCAUUUACACCAAACGGUUGGUGGACAAAAAGGAGGAGCCAUUUACGCACACGAAGGAAACAACUGCGUGGGGGAAGCAACGUGGAAUGCUACCACCAGUGAAGGAUAACUCUUUAUCUGAGAAUCGACUUACCAGGUGUGCUCCCCCCAGUGGGUUCCUUCCACCUGGUAGGGACUCCACAGCUGAGGAGCUUCCCCUCUCCCGCAAAAGGGUCAAAAAUGGAGGCAGCAAAGGCAGCAAAAUGAACAGAAGCGACAAAAGCGACACCCCGUUCACCUGCACACCUGAACAAAGAGACGCCCACAAACAGGAGGAUCCCCAAGUGGACUGCCCCCACACGAAGGACCCCCUGCCAAGGGAAAGAAAAUCUAAAAUGCAAAGCUGUCUGAGUGAUAAAGAGGUGGUCAACCGCAACCUUUCCAGUGGAAGCCAUUCGACUGAUAAGAGGAGACCCAAAAAGGGACGAAGCAAAUUGGAGACGAACAACACCACUGCUGGAAAGGGCAACCAACAGAUAACCCAUUUUAAUAGUGCGGAUAUAAGGAACACCAAAGGUGAAGCCCUUUGGGGUAACCAUCUCAAGUGGGACUGCUUCACCCAUUCAGUAUGUCCCAAUGAAGAAACCUCGAAAGCGACUGAAAAGGACUUCUCCCCAUCUGAGCAAACACAUUUAGGGGAUCCACCUCGAAAUGGUAUUCUCCAGUUGGAGGGGAAUUGCAAAAUGAGACGCUUACCGGACAGUCAAAGGGGGGGAAGCCGAAACGGAGUGGCCAUCUCGGUUGGAGGUCUAAAUGGGAAAUCUCAAUUGGGGAAGCCCCGCGAGGGUGACUCCCCUCUGAGAGACCACAAAGAAUGUUACCGCUACGAUGAUGGUGGAUUAGACUACUUACGUAAGGGGGACCACCCCAGCUCGAGAAAGAGGUGCAUCCGUCUCGCCGAUUGGGAGCAAGUGAAUAAGAGGACGCAGUGUGUGGAAGGAGGAACUGGAGGGGAGCAAAAGGGGGAAAGGUACAACCAACAGGGGGGACUCACAUGUGUAGGGCAGCAAAAGGGGGGAAGUUACGACCAACAGGGGGGACUCACAUGUGUAGGGCAGCAAAAGGGGGGAAGUUACGACCAACAGAGGGGGCUCAAAAGUGUCGGGCAGCAAAAGGGGGGGAGUUACGACCAACAGGGGGGACUCACAUGUGUAGGGCAGCAAAAGGGGGGGAGUUACAACCAACAGGGGAGACUCAAAUUGGGACCAAAUAGCCCGAGUGGCACUUGUCCUAAAAAAAUCGAAGCGAUUAACAAAAGCGCUCACCAUUUAGGGGGAGACCUUUACAAGGACAACUUAACCAGUAGGACAAACUUACCCAUCGACUUCUUCACCAAGGAUGGGAGUGCUGCCACUGGAAGGAGGAAUCUGCCUCCCCCCCUGCAAAUCCAACAGUUGGAAUACGUUCCCUCAAAUGUUGGCAACUGUGGAGGAGUCCCUAAUCCGCAUGAUGAGCACUGUGAUGGAGGACUGGCCCACCGCUUCAAAAAUGCACCUCCUGAAGAUUUGAAGAAGAGUACCAACGAAACCUUCCAGAAGAAAUCCCAAAACAGCUAUCUAAUCGAGUGGUACCCAGGGUUUGACAUCCCCAUAGGAACCUAUGGGAGGGCCAUACUACGAAAGGCGCUACACCAAAAAAGAAUGACAGACGUGAAGAAAUGUGAUGAGCUUUUAUCAUCCAAUGGGUUGUUCCCUACAUCGAGGUCCACCUUCGGGGAUAUGAAAAUAAGGGACCUUUACAGGGCUGCCCACAUUUUGGGCGUAUGGAAUGUGGCCGAGAAGUAUUGCCUUCUGGCCUGCGAACGGAAUGGGUAUAAACGGGAAUGGAUCGCUAUGCUGAAGAGUAGUGGCGUUAAGGUUACCAUCAAGGCACUCAAAGAGUUGAGGAGCAGGCACCUCCUCACUAGUAAGCACUUUUCCACCUCCGGGAAGAAGAAGCAGAUUAGUAGUAACAGUAGUAGUAAUAAUAACCGCGCAAAGAAGAGGGACCCCGGGGGGGUGGACACAAACGGGGCGGUUAAGGCAACAUUCGAAAGGGGUGCUCACCCCGGGGGACCCAUGUUAGAGGCACCUUCCCCCAUCCGCAAAAAAUCUUCCCAUAGCCCCAACUGCUCACAUGAUGGUAAAGCAGGCACUACACCGAGUGAUUGUCUCCACAGUAAGAAAUGUAAGAGGGAAAAUAAAACAUGCUACACCGUAGCGGAACAGCAGAGCUACCUCUCCACAGGAGAAUCCAAAAUGGCAGACGCUAAGAGAACUCCCAACCAGGUAAGCUGCUCAUCUCCAAGGAACAAUCUCCCUAGUGAACACAUAAACGAAUGGAGGGAUGCACUCCUCAGAAGGUUAAAGAAAAAUCAAAUGGGAAUUACCAAUGAUGGGAGUUGCCAAAUUGGAAGCGGCAGGGAUGCAAAAACGGACUUCGUAAAGAAGCAUAAGGACAAGUUGUCUCCACCCCCCCAAAUGAGUAACGCCCCAGUUGUAGCUUACACAGCUGCUUCAAACUACGUGAGUGCAGACACUAGGAGUAACUCGCUAAGUAAAAUUCCGUUUGGCUAUUCAACACAGGAUAGAUUUUCCAACGUAGUAGGAGGACCCCUCAGUGGAACCCUGACGGAUGACCCCGAAAUGUCAGAUGAGAUCGGCGUAGAGAAUUCCAACCAGCUCCAAAACACCUGCCACUUUUUUGAUGCAAAUUUUCUGCAUGCAAGGGGGGCACCUACUCAUCAAAAUUGGAACUCCACUGGCACGGCUUCAAUGGGAGAUGCUGACCACAUUGGAGGAAUAACAAUUAGGGGGGACACUAGCCAUCCUGCUGGCAACAUUCCGGUAAUGGGAGACCUCUCUACAUACGACGGUACGCGGAAUGAGCAUGCUUUGGAAAUGGGAAUGCUCAGUGAUCUGUUCCACACGGGGGGCACCGCCGAUUCGUUUCAGUUUUGGGGCAGCUCGAAGAGCGGCAGCCGCUUCGUUGACGAGUAUAUGUAG